GAGAAAGGCUGGCUGAAUAAUUCUGGUACCGAGCCGGGUUAAGGGUUUGUUUGUUUUUUCAACCCCACGACGAGACAUCUCAGCGUCCCGAUUUCUCUGUUCUGUACAGCCGACCAUGUACAGCCGACCAAGGGCGAAAAAGCAGACGAGAAGAGAGACCCCAGAAAAGAAGUUUUAAAGAACAAAAACAAAUGUAUAAAUCAAUAUAUGGAGGUGAUGGAAGCAAAGAUGACUUGCAAGGAUAGAAAGCAGACGCUCAGCAUGUCUUGGUUGCUCUGACAAUGAGCAUCAACUUGUCCCUCAGUAAGGAGAAUGUCUCAGAAAACCUCACAUUGCUGGAAGAGGGAGCAGGCAGAAUCACCGAGUCAAUUGCUAUCAUCAUUAUUGCUAUUUUCAUCUGUUUAGGGAAUCUGGUGAUUGUCCUCACUCUUUAUAAGAAGUCAUACCUGCUCACCUUAAGCAACAAGUUUGUUUUCAGCCUCACUCUGUCCAACUUCCUUCUUUCGGUGCUGGUACUUCCUUUCGUUGUUACUAGCUCCAUCCGUCGGGAAUGGAUCUUUGGAGUCGUUUGGUGCAACUUCUCUGCCCUACUCUAUAUGCUCAUCAGCUCUGCCAGUAUGCUCACACUUGGACUCAUUGCUAUCGACCGAUACUAUGCUGUCUUGUACCCCAUGGUUUACCCCAUGAAGAUUACGGGUAACAGAGCUGUUGUUGCCAUUGUGUAUGUGUGGCUUCAUUCUCUAAUUGGAUGCCUUCCGCCCCUCUUUGGUUGGUCAUCUUUAGAAUUUGAUCAGUUCAAAUGGAUGUGUGUAGCUGCAUGGCAUAAGCAGGCAGGUUACACCGCUUUUUGGCAGAUAUGGUGUGCUUUGCUACCAUUUAUAGUCAUGAUCAUUUGCUACGGUUUCAUAUUUCGCGUGGCCAGGAUUAAGGCACGGAAGAUUCACUGUGGCAGCGUGGUCAUUGCAGCGGAAGACACGCAAAGGAAUGGGAGAAAGAACUCAAGUACUUCAACGUCCUCAUCAGGCAGCCGAAAGAAUGCUUUUCAAGGGGUCGUUUAUUCUGCCAAUCAGUGCAAAGCUUUGAUCACAAUUUUAGUUGUAAUUGGGGCUUUUGUCAUCACAUGGGGGCCUUACAUGGCGGUUAUCACAUCUGAGGCACUUUGGGGUAAAAACUGCAUUUCCCCUGCCUUUGAGACAUUAGCAACAUGGUUGUCUUUUACAAGUGCUAUUUGCCACCCUUUGAUUUAUGGACUCUGGAAUAAAACUGUACGCAAGGAGUUACUGGGAAUGUGCUUUGGAGACCGGUACUACAGAGAAUCAUUUGUUCAAAGGCAAAGGACAUCCAGAUUAUUUAGUAUUUCUAAUAGGAUUACAGAUCUAGGAUUGUCUCCACAUCUGACAGCUCUCAUGGCAGGGGAACGGACUUUAGGACACAGCAGCAGCACAGGAGAUACAGGCUUCAGUUUCUCUCAGGAUUCAGGGACAGAUGUUAUGCUGCUUGAAGAUUAUAGUUCUGAUGGAAUUAAUCACCCUCAUUGUGUUUACCCUCAUCGCCGGAGUUCUGUAACUUUUGAAGAUGAAGUGGAACAAAUUAAAGAAGCAGCAAAGAACUCUAUCCACGUAAAGGCUGAAGUUCACAAAUCUCUGGAUAGUUAUGCAUCCAGCUUGGCCAAAGCAAUUGAAACAGAUGUGAGGAUCACCUUGUUUGGAGGAGAUGCUCUGUCUGGCUUUUUGUUCCCAGCACGAACUGCGGCAGGCAUCAAUGGAAGUGCAAGGCGUGGUGGCAGGGUCCACAUUGGACAAAAAAUACAACUACAGAGCAUUGAAGAAGGAAACACUUAAAAUUGCUUCAAUAAAACAAAUAGGAAAAAGAUACACUGAAAACUGUUGCACCGCCACGAUUCUUUGCAAGGAAAACAAAACAGGUCCAGUAUUUUAAGCAAAGCUUUAAAAACUUCCCAAAGAAUCAUUUUAACACAGUGUUAGAAAACAAAAUAACCCAAAAUAUUGGGAAGUCAAAAGUAUGAAAAGGUUCACUGAUCCCUAAAUAAUAAAGCACAAGUUAUUUCACUAUUUUGGUGGCAUACAGCACAUUUCCCAAGCUGGACACUAUCCAGAAGAGUAUUUCAGCUGCAAGUUCUGCAAACAGCAUGGCUGUGACUGAGAAUUCUAAAAAUUAAAGCAACAGAAACACUUGGGUUAGGAACAGCAGCCAUAGUGUUUCUGGCUGGAUCCUUUUUCUGCUUUUUAAAAACUUUAUAAACAGUUCAGUGUUAAAGUAAUUCCAUUACUUUAACAAUUUUGUCCAGGUACUUAUGGAAAAAAAACAUAAUAAAAAGCAACUGAGGACUAUCAAAUCUAGUAUUGGUAAAGGCUGAGAAUUGGGGUACUUUCACACUAGUAUUUUAAUGUGAAUAGUUACAUUUUGCUAAAUCAUUUUAUAGUGAUCAUCUACAAGUUUACAUUCUCCGUUUACUGUCAUCUUGUAUUUUCAAUAUUUUUGUUCCUUCUCUAAAGCUGCAGAAUGUCCAUCUUUAACACAUAACCCCCAGAAAAGUUACAUUUUCCACAGCUAACGCUGCUCAGGAGAAAUUCAUCAUAAACACUGCAAUAGCUACUAUUUAAAACUUUUAUUCCUCAGUUGUUAAACUGGUGGUGAUCAGAAAAUGUUUUAAUCUUUAUAUUAGGUGAAAUACAGCUUUGAUUAACCAGCUUACAAAACACAAUGAAUACAAAAUACUUUUUCUCUCUAUAUAUAAUUUUUUUUAAAAAAGUUGAUAUGUUUUUAAAAAAUAAAAUGGCAUCCCCUGCA